AUGAUCAGGUUCAACAAGGAAAGGCUACAAAUUCCUGACCUUCAUAUAACGGCAACGGUUUCUGCCCUCACAUAUGCCAUAAGGUGUGAGGCUUUCAAAAUGUCGCUAUCCAAAACUCCGCCGAGGACAGUGAUCGAGCUUCUUACCCGAGGAGAGAAGUACAUAAAUAUGGAGGAAACACUGAACCCGAGGAAGGUUGGACCAUCCCACGACAGGGUCGAGCAUAAAAGACAGCAUGACCCGAGCCCCCAUCAAGAACCACCUCAGAGUAAACAGACGGGAGGCUCCCCCGACGUCAUUCACACAUUUAAACACAUCGAAAACAAACGUUUUGAUGGAAAUCAAGGUUAUGAAGGAGCUCAAAUGGCCUACGAGAAUGAGGUCACCCCCCAGUCCAGGGACAUGAGCAAAUACUGUGAGUUUCAUCGGGAUCACAGGCAUACCACUGAAAACUGUAAAGCCCUACAACGGGAGAUUGAAGCCCUUAUUAAAAGGGGACUUUUGGGUUCCUACGUUGGUAAUGACAAACGGCCGAAGAAUGAUGGUGGUAGGGAAAGAGCCUUUGAAGCAAAAAGGGAUGGUCAACCCACUGCUGAAAUCAUCAACAUCAUUGUCGGGGGUAUUGCAUCAGGAGGAGAUUCGAACACUGGGAGGAAGCAGUAUGCCCGGCAAUACAUGACAAUCCCGAAAGCACAUCAUGGUGACCUCGAGGACAUAACAUUUGGUAUGAAGGAUCUUGAGGGCGUGUCUUUUCCUCAUGAUGAUGCCCUAGUCAUCUCUGCAAUAGUAGCAAACUUUGAGGUAAAGAGGAUCUUAAUCGACAACGGGAGUGCCGCUAACAUAUUGUCACAUGAAGCCUUCACAAAAAUGGGAAUCUCUCCCGAACAACUGAAGACAGUGAAAACCCCCCUUCAAGGAUUCGGGGGGGGGUAUUAUUGUUCCGGAGGAAGUGGUCGAGCUUCCACUUACCUUAGGCUCGGGAAAAGAACAGAUAACGGUGAUUACAUCUUUUCAGAUUGUCCGGUCUUCCAUGGCAUACAACGCCAUCCUGGGUAG